GUGAAAAAGCAAUAGUUAAAUCUCAUCACCCCUCAAGCAGUUUUGAGAAAAAUAUAUUUAAUAAAGUUGCCAUUAAGGUAAUUGCUUCAGAUAAUUACCCUGAGACUGGGAUCAUGGAAGGGAAAGAAUGCAGAGUUGAAAAAGAUACAGAUACAUUACCCAUCUUGAAUGUAUCACAAGAACCAGCACAUUUCCAAAAAUAUGAGCUUGAUAAUACCUGUUGUGAUCUUCAAACAGGAGCCAAGUAUUCCAUUUCAAGCCAGUCAUGUUACUUAAGUGCUUCACAUUUAAACUUAUCAAAAGAAAACCUAACUUACUUUAGUUCAUCACUCAAUGAAGAACUUAAAUACGUACAUAAACAGCAACACAACAUUUCAAGUACAGUGGAAAAUACAAAUGGAACAGAUACUAAUACAGAUUUCUCCUAUAUUAAGGAGAAUGAGAGUGAAUGCAAUUGUUUUGAUGAUGACUCCCAGUUAGAAUAUCACAGUGCUGAAGAACAGGAUAAUGUUGAUUGUGACUGUUCAUAUAGACAGGAAACACAGAAUUCAGAAAUUUUUCAAGAAAAGGAACUGGUAAAUGAAGAUGUUACAGAUCACCAGCAACCAUUGACCAAAUUUGAAGAGAAAUUUUCUACAUCAAGUUGUGUCAAGAGCCAUUAUAAUUGCAAUGAAAUAUCAACGUUCCUCCAGAUGUUUCAAGAUGUCAGUUGUACAGAGAAUCAGUAUAUACACUUAGAUGAAAAAAGAAAUGAGAAUCUUAGCAUGUUUUAUAGUAUAAUUGAAGAUUCAUCUCAUGUUAAGGUUAAUAAAGAAAAUAAUUCAAAAUUAUUUUUGACUAGCAAAGCUGAGAUAGAAGAAAAGAUUAAAGUUUCUCAUAAUCCAGAAGGUUCAAAUUCAUGUGCCUACAAACCAUCAGUUGUAGUUAAUGCUGACAUAGAAAACUCUGUCUACAAUUCCUGGGAGCAUCAUGGAAAUUGCACUGAGAAUUUUUCUGGUGCAGAAUUGAAAUGCAUCACAAAUGCAUGUGAAUCUGGUAAAAAUUUUCGAAGUGCAGUUAACCAAGCUAUUGAUGCAACUGCUGAUUUUAGAGCUAGUUUUACAACAAGUCGAGCCAUUAAUGUCAAGAGUUCAGUGGUAUCUAAGGCACAAAACACUGUGAUAACAAUGAUGAGUAAAUGUAGGCCCAGGGAAUGGCCGACUCCAGAAAUAAUGCCUGUAAUGGCUGACUGCAGAAGUGUUGCCUGUAAUACAGACUGGUCAUGUAUAUCUGGCAAUGUGGAGAUAAUUGACUCGCAAAUAGCAACAUCUGAUAUGUUGGAAGAUUGUAUUACUAGCGAUUCUACAAAACAUGGAUGGAAGUUGAACCCUGAGGAUCCUUUGGAAUGGAGUAAUAGCACUAGCAAAGAUUUGAAUGAAAUUCCAUACAGGAUGAUGCAGCUAUCGAAAGAAAUAAAUCGUUUGCCAAACUGUUGUAAAGAAAUGCUACAGAGAGCCAUCAAAGCUGAAAUGCAGCUUUUAAAACUUCGUUAUCAGAUGUUUCAUCAGCACUGCUGGCAGACUUGCAGAUUUUUUAUGAAAGGAAAGGAAAAUAUAAGCAGGUUUUAUAUCCUCACCCUGCAGCCUCCUGUUGUUGAUUCUUUAAAUACCCAAGAAAUCAGCGAAGACUGGUUUGAUGCUACAGAGAACCCAACAACAAUUGAGUCAUCAGUUUUGUGUACAGACCCUCUAAAGAGGUAUUUGCAGACAAUAGAAGAGAAGAAAAAAGAGUUCAAAAACAAUUACUGUGUCCAUGUUGGUGGUCUGAGUCCUUCAGUAUCAGAAGUUGACCUUUGGCUGCAUUUUCAGAAGUAUAAUGUUUCUGAGGUUUCUGUUUGUGAGUAUUUCAAAAAUUACAGAUAUGCAUUUCUUAAUUUUAAAACAGCCUGUGAUGCAAAGCUGGCUGUGAAAGAAAUGAAUGAGAGAGAAAUAAAAGGAAAAGCAAUGAAAGUUCGACUUGUAAGGACAGUUAGGGAAAAUGGAAUCCAAGAUUAUCAGAACUCUAUGAAACAAGAGUGCCUUUCCAAAGUGCCCCAUUCUGGCAUUGUAUCUUCUAAAUCUUCAUCAAGGAAAACAUCCUUUGAAGAGGAUAUCACAGAGGGCCUCUUGCCUUUUGGUUCAGUACAGUUUACUCCAAAUCCAUCAUCUACUUUUAUACCUCCAAAUACAUUAAAUUUAAGGAGUUUCCGCAAAGUAGUGCAGAAACUGGAACAGUUAUAUCCAGAGAUUUGUAGAGACAACAUUUUGGAUGCUUUGGUAGAGAUAAAAGAAAACAAGGGUCACCUUAGUGGUUUACCCCUAAGCACAAUUGUUCAAAUGACAUCAUCUCUCCUGAAUAAGAAAUUUACAUCCCAAUCUGACAAAAAGUAAUCUGAGAAAUAAACACUUGUGGAUUUCCUGACAUGUCUUCACAAUUUAAAAUCAUCUUACUUUAUCUCUAAAGAAGCCACUUUUGCAGAUUUGAAACAAUCAGUUGAAGAGUAUUGAAAACCGUGAGCCUUCUAUAGCAUUUGAAUUUAAACGAGAAGAAAACAUUAAUUUAGGGAAGACCACGAGUUGAUAGAAAAUACAUGUUUUCAUUGUUCACGUUGUAGUU